AUGGAGAAUAGGGGAUUUGGGGGAAGACGAGUCAAAGAGGGUUCCUUUAAGCGUGCAUCAAUCAAACGCACCUCCUCUGGAUCUCAGAAGGCGCAGAGGGCAUGGAUUGAAAGGAAAUUUUUUAAAAGGGAGUGCAUUCAUAUAUUCCCCAGUAAAGAGCCUAACAAGUGCUGUUGUGGUCAGCUGGUGAACCAACACGUGGCUAUUCCUCCUGGUUUUUCCAAUAAGAGUGCAGAUGAAGUUCAGGGGGUGCAGAAUGAGCCUUUCCAAGAGAAAUGGUCUGUUGCUAAACACACACAAGUUGCUCCCACUGACGCAUAUGGCAUCAUCGAAUUCCAGGGAGGAGGUCAUGUCAACAAGGCCAUGUAUAUCCGUGUGUCCUAUGAUAGCAAACCUGAUCAUCUUCUCCAUCUGAUGGUGAAAGAGUGGCAACUUGAGCUUCCCACCCUGCUCAUCUCUGUGCAUGGUGGUCUGCAGAACUUUGACCUGCAACCCAAACUCAAGCAGGUGUUUGGAAAGGGUCUGAUAAAAGCAGCCGUCACCACUGGGGCCUGGAUCUUCACUGGGGGAGUUAACACAGGAGUGAUUCGCCAUGUAGGAGAUGCACUGAAAGAUCACUCCUCCAAGUCUCGUGGGAAGGUGUGUGCCAUUGGAAUAGCACCCUGGGGCAUAGUGGAAAAUAAAGAGGAUCUGAUUGGACGAGAUGUGACUCGACCGUACCAAACCAUGUCCAACCCCCUCAGCAAACUGUCUGUGCUUAACAGCAGCCACUCCCACUUCAUUCUGGCUGACAAUGGCACUCACGGAAAGUAUGGCGCUGAGGUCCGUCUACGCAGGCAGCUGGAGAAACACAUCUCCCUGCAGAAGAUCAACACACGUCUGGGUCAGGGGGUCCCUUUGGUGUGUCUGAUUCUUGAGGGGGGUCCCAAUGUAAUCUCCAUUGUGCUGGAGAGUCUGCGUGAGGAUCCUCCCAUCCCUGUGGUGGUGUGUGACGGUAGUGGUCGAGCGUCAGAUAUCAUUUCAUUCGCUCACAAGUAUUCCGAGGAGGAUGGACUGGUUAAUGACAGUGUUAGAGAUCAGCUUCUAGUAACCAUACAGAAGACAUUUAACUACAACCGCAAUCAGGCACAGCAGAUUUAUCUAAUGGUGAUGGAGUGCAUGAAGAAAAGAGAACUAAUCACAGUGUUCCGCACAGCCUCUGAGGGUCAGCAGGAUAUUGAAAUGGCCAUCUUAACUGCUCUACUGAAAGGCACAAAUGCCUCAGCCCCUGACCAGCUGAGUUUGGCUUUAGCCUGGAAUAGGGUGGAUAUUGCUCGCAGUCAGAUCUUUGUCCAUGGACAACACUGGCCUCCUGCUGGGUCCCUGCCGACAGCAUCCAUAAGCCAUCAGGACAAACCAAAGAGCCCAACCACCACUCGUGCCAGCAAAGGCAAACCUGCCAGGGGCAAGAAGGGCAAGGGUGCCAAAGCUAAACUUGAACCUGAAGAGACAGACCCUAGAAAACUGGAGCUGCUUAACUGGGUAAAUUCUCUGGAGCAAGCCAUGGUGGAUGCGCUCAUGCUUGACAGAGUGGAUUUUGUCAAGCUGCUCAUUGAAAAUGGAGUCAACAUUCACCAUUUCCUCACAAUCCCACGGCUGGAGGAGCUCUAUAACACAAGGUUAGGACCGAUCAACACACUAUAUUUUCUGGUCAGAGAUGUGAAGAAGGGAAACCUACCACCAGAUUACCAGAUCACUCUGAUUGACAUUGGUUUGGUUCUAGAGUACCUGAUGGGAGGAGCAUAUCGCUGUAACUAUACAAGAAAAUGCUUCAGAACACUCUAUAAUAACCUCUAUGGACUGAAAAGACCAAAAGCUCUCAAACUUCUGGGUAUGGAGGACGAUGACCAAAUGCCCAAAGGCAAAAAGAAGAAGAAAAAGAAGGAAGAAGAAGUUGACAUUGAUGUAGAUGAUCCAGAGGUCAGUAGGUUUCAGUAUCCCUUUCAUGAGCUGAUGGUCUGGGCUGUGCUCAUGAAGCGUCAGAAGAUGGCUCUGUUCCUCUGGCAGAGGGGAGAGGAGGCCAUGGCUAAAGCUCUGGUGGCAUGUAAACUCUAUAAAGCCAUGGCGCAUGAAUCUUCCCGAAGUGAACUAGUGGACGACAUUUCUCAGGAUUUGGACAACAAUUCAAAGGAAUUUGGUCAGUUAGCCUACGAACUGCUAGAUCAGUCAUACAAGCACGACGAACAGGUGGCCAUGAAGCUGUUGACCUAUGAGCUGAAGAACUGGAGUAACUCCACCUGUCUCAAACUGGCCGUGGCUGCCAAACACAGAGACUUCAUAGCUCACACCUGCAGCCAGAUGCUUCUCACCGACAUGUGGAUGGGAUGUCUACGGGUGGGGAAGAGCAAUGGACUCAAGGUGAUCCUUGGAAUCAUUUUUCCUCCAGCCAUCCUUCUCCUGGACUUCAGGACUGGAGAUAAUAUGUCUUAUCAGAACACCAAAGACAAAGAAGAGAUAAAAGACAAGGAGGAUGAUAAAACUAACAAGGAUGGCACUAUUAGUGUAGAUGCGACUUCUAAGAAAGGUGACGAGGAAGACAGUAAAAACCAAAAACGUGUUCCUGUUGGAAAGAAGAUUUAUUAUUUCUUCAAUGCUCCAUAUACCAAAUUCUGGUUUAAUACGACGGCUUACCUGGUAUACCUGAUGUUGUAUAAUUACAUCAUCCUGGUAAAAAUGGAGAGGUGGCCAUCCUUACAGGAAUGGAUUGUCAUCUCCUACAUCAUCACUCUUGGGCUGGAGAAAGUUAGACAGAUCCUGAUGUCAGAGCCUGGAAAGCUGAAACAGAAAAUAAAUGUAUGGCUAGAAGAGUACUGGAACAUCACUGACCUGGCGGCCAUCGCCACGUUCCUUAUGGGUCUGUUGCUGCGCUUACAGAAUGAGCCUUACAUGGGCUACGGAAGGGUCAUCUACUGUGUAGACAUUAUCUUCUGGUAUAUUCGUGUCCUUGACAUCUUUGGAGUUAACAAGUAUUUGGGACCAUAUGUCAUGAUGAUUGGGAAAAUGAUGAUUGACAUGCUGUACUUUGUGGUGAUAAUGCUGGUGGUCCUUAUGAGUUUUGGAGUGGCACGCCAGGCCAUCCUACACCCUGACGAGGAGCCGACGUGGCGACUGGCGAGGAACAUCUUCUACAUGCCCUACUGGAUGAUCUAUGGAGAAGUGUUUGCUGACUCGAUAGACCGUAAGACUAGAAUUUAUAUCUAUGCAAUGGAGAUUAAUCCACCCUGUGGUGAUAACAUGUAUGACGAAGAUGGGAAAAAGCUUCCACCAUGUAUACCCGGGGCAUGGCUCACUCCUGCCAUCAUGGCCUGCUACCUAUUGGUAGCCAACAUCCUACUGGUGAACUUGCUUAUCGCUGUCUUUAAUAACACGUUCUUCGAAGUGAAAUCCAUCUCCAAUCAAGUGUGGAAGUUUCAGCGCUACCAGCUGAUCAUGACGUUCCACGACCGGCCAGUGCUGCCACCUCCGCUCAUCAUCUUCAGCCACAUAUACAUAGUGUUGAAACGCCUUUGCUGUUGCUGCAGGAAGAAACGAGAAGGAGAGAUAGAUGAGAGAGACCGUGGGCUGAAGCUGACUCUUAGUCCUGAGGAACUGAAGAGUCUCUAUGAGUUUGAAGAGCAGUGUGUUGAAGAAUACUUCAGAGAGAAAGAAGACGAGGCUCAAUCCUCCAAUGACGAGAGAAUCCGGAUCACUUCCCAGAGGGUUGAAAACAUGUCAAUGCGUCUAGAAGAAGUGAAUGAACGGGAACACUCCAUGAAAGCCUCUCUUCAGACAGUGGAACUGCGCUUGGCUCAACUGGAAGAGUUCUCUGGUCGAAUGAUGCAUGCACUAGAACGUCUGGCUGGGAUCGAAUGCUGCGAACUGUCCCGCACUCGAUCUGGGAGCUCGCUGUUGUACGACAAGUCCGGCCUGCAUCGCCAAAGCAGCAUUAACAGUGCUGAUGGCUACAGUUUGUAUCGUUGGCACAUAGAGGCAGAAAACCGUGUGACAGUUGAGGAGACGUCAGCAGAGAGGAAGGGGCAAACGGCUUCAGACAGCCGUGGCAGUAUUGCUAACAAUGAGCAAGUUUCUUUUUACGGUCCUACGCUGGACGUGGUCCCUCUUCAGCAGAGAGCCCGCUCAAGCUCUUGUGUGGACAUUCUUAUCUCGCCCUGUGAGUCGCAGAAUGGAGGCCUGAAUUCUCAGCUUCUGAACGACCCUCAGGCUUUGUCAGAUGCAGCACUAAUCCAGACUGAAAUGGUAAAGUGGAUGAAGUUGGACGCGGUAGGCUCUCAUCCUCUGGAGAGAGCACAGUCCCUAAGACAGUACACUGAAGCACAAAAUAACUCGCUUUGUUACGAGAACAGAUCCCAAAGCGGCACUCUGUAUGCUUCCAAGGCACAGACAAAAUUGGGCAGUCAGAGAAAUACAUGGGCUUCAGAGCCCCAUGGCCAACAGGAUCAAACAAGCAGAUCUCCAACUUUAGGUCGCUGGCCCCCACACUUUGAUUACAAAGUUCAUCCCUUCCCUUUCAGCCCUUCACCUUCAGAUAAAUUAAAACAGAUAGAGGAUGGAGAACAAGCUUCUAGAGGGGAAAUGAGGAUAAAAACAGAGAUGCAUAAAGACGAGAACGAUGAGAGGAAGCGAGACAUGAAUGAGUCAGCAGAUAACAGCACGAACACAGAGGAAGGAGACGUGAAGAGGGAGGAGCAGACAGACUCCGAUCACUUGUAUGUGGCACAGGACAGGAUGUACCCUCCGCUCAGAUCUAAGAGUCUCAACACCAACCCACGAAAGGUGAAGAACAUAAGAGACAUCGUAGAUAAACCUCGUGCAGCCAGCAGUGUAAAGGACCUGGCUGGAGCCUUUGAAGUCAACGCCAAUGACCACAGAUCCUCCAGAGAGAAAACAGGCACACAGACAUGA